CGAGGACAGAAAUUUCGUUUUCGCCUCGCAAGUUGACAGCAUGAUGCUGGCGCCAAUGCAUCGAGUUGCAACCUCAUGGGGUGCAAUCCCGCUAUCGCUAUGGUCUGUCGUCGAAAAUUUCGCUGACUCUCGGAGUGACAUCGCACGUAUUGGGAAAUAGAUAUUCGAAACCGAAAAAGGCUAGAAAAAAUCGAAGAAUUGUGAAUCGAAAACUGCCCUCAUACACUUGAAAACUAGACGUAAACGUAGGUAGCAGUCAAAAGAAGUCGAUUGUUUCCAUUCACGCCGCAAAAGGCGACGGAUAACGAACGUGUAGUCACGGGAUCCGGAAUAGGGACAAAUAUGAAAAAGUGAGGUGUAAUUAAAAAACGCCAGAAUCUCGGUGUCGCAGCAUUGCUGAACACGGUCGUGAUCCUAUCGAGAUUUUCCGAACGACGAAAAUGAAAGCUGUCAAAAUGACCUCCGAACAAGACGGUGCGGAAGAUGUCGCCACGUCUCAGCGUCGUCUCGUUACCGAGACCGUGUUUCUGGCUGGCGCCGGCUUCAUGGCGGAUUCUUACGACCUCUUCGUUAUCGACUUCGUUCUGGCGAUCCUCACGACAUCAAACACCAUCGACGAAAGCAGCGAAGAUAGGGACAAGUCAUUACUUGCUUCCGCAAGUAUCGUUGCGGCUGUUGUAGGACAGCUGAGCUUCGGUUUCUUAGCAGAUUGGUUUGGACGGCGAGUGAUGUUCAUCACCACAUGCGUUUUCAUAGUGGCUGGAUGUGUUGGGCAGAGCUUGGCUGGCACAAGUAGUGCAGGUUCAUUGAUCUUCCAACUAGUAGCGUUUCGACUAUUGAUGGGUCUCGGCAUCGGUGGCGAGUAUCCAUUAGCAGCUACUGUCACAAGUGAGAAGAUGCCGGAAGAUAUGCAGAAGAAGGUGAUUCUAAUUUUUGUUUUCGAUGUUUGUAGUUGUCAUGCAAUAUGUCCAUGUCUUUUCUCUCGGAGUUGUUGCUGUUACUGAUACUGAGACUGACAUCAACGAAACAUUCCGUUAACUACAUACCAGACUCUCGCCAUGGUCUUCUCGAUGCAAGGAUGGGGACAACUACUCUCUGUUCUGGUCAUCUUUUUCCUCCUGUUGAGUUCAGCAAGUCUCGAAUCAACGUGGCGCUUGGCGAUUUUCGUUGGCUGUAUCCCAACAGCAAUCGUUUCCUAUUUUCGAUGGAAAAUGCACGAGACUCCUGCAUUUUCAAGAACGGCGCAAAGAGAACUACUUGACGAACAGGGAGAUACAGGUAGUCACCUCCAAGAACACCAACAACAAUUAGGGGUUGAAACCAGUGCCUUAGUCGAGUCAUCAGCCUCUUCUAGUAGUAGCUCCAGGCCAAGUUUUGGGGAGCAGGUUUCUCGACAGUUGAAAGUUGCUUCCGAAGCAGGUCUACUGCCCACAUUAGCAGGCACCGCACUGUCAUGGUUUCUACUCGACGUCACCUUUUACGGCGUCGCAUUGUUUAAAGCCGACAUCGGUCGCUCGCUUUAUUUUCCACGAGACGAGGACACGUCUUCACCUUCCUCAUCGCUUUCGCAGGAAGAAAAAGACAAGGAACAACUGCGAACAUUGACACUUCAAGCCGGACUGAUAGUGCUUAUCGGAUUGCCAGGUUAUCUCUUUUCAAUCGCUUUAGUUGACAGAAUAGGUUUGCGCCGACUCCAAUUUUGGGGCUUCAUUUCCUUAUCGGUUUUGUUCUUCUUCGCUAGUGCUACGUCGAUACUAGUCCCCGACAUGGGAGCUGCGAAGGCAGCGAGUACCAAAAGCACGACUUCUGCCCUAGCGACCAGUGCAGAUUUUGACCAAUAUUUGGGUGUCGUGAAACUUCACCAACAAGAAGGAGCGCGAACUAGUGCAGUAGAUAGUGCAAUAGCUGCGGAUGAUAGUCGUGUCUCAUCUGCAGCUACUGCUGCGUCGUCCUCGUCGCAUUACUCUUUUCUAGAACAACAGCAGAGUCAAACAGGAGAGGACGCAGCGAAGUCAUCAGGAACUCUGCUGCGUACUGAAAAGGAAGCGGGCGUCGAUCAAGCAACGGGAUUGGCGUCUUCGUCUUCUAAUUCCUUAACAAUGACAUCCAGCACAGAGACAGAAGACACCUCCCCCACCACAACCUCUGCUAAGAUCGGCCGACUCCUCACCCUGGCUUUUAUCUGUCUGACGAUGUUCGUCUCCAACUUCGGACCCAACGCGACUACCUACAUCCUCCCUGCCGUAGUCUACCCGACCCCUGUCCGCGCAACCUGUCACGGCAUAUCAGCCGCGAUGGGAAAACUAGGAGCCGCAGUCGGCGUCGCCUGUUUUUCACCUCUGCUCUCCGCAUUUGGAUUGCCAUACGUUCUUCGCUGUUGUGGCUGUGUCGCUCUAGUCGGUGCCAUGGUCACUCACCGCCUUCUUUCCCCAGAAAUAGACGGACCAUAUGAAGGACUUUGGGGUGACAAAAAGAGUAAUGCUGGCGAUGACGAAGUAAGUGAGAUAGUGGGUGAAACUAGUGGCGGCUUCCCAGUAGCUCAUGAAAGACAAGAUCGCGAACCAUCAUGAACGCUUACUAACUGAACACUCAACCUUUUUUUUUCCAAUUUUGCGUAGAUGACAUGCUACUAAAGUUAUUACACAUUACACUCUUCUCAGCGCAGGAGCAGGA